UCACAUCGAUUCCCUAAAACACUCCGUAAAUUCCGGUUCGUUAUCUAAUUUCUUGCAUUUUUGAGUAAAUUCUUUUAAAACUCACCUAAAAAUAUGUCGCAUCCAAGUUCCCCUCAAUCUCCGGCUCGUACUUUAUCGAUACCGAGCCCAAUAAUCACUCGAAGAACAAGAACUGCUUCAACGUCGGAAAGAAUAUUGAAAACACCCGAAUUAGAUGGCGAAAUCAAGAGUUUUUGUAGAGAAAAGGGACAUGGUUUUAUAACACCUUUGGAUGGUGCAAACGAUGUUUUUGUACAUAUUUCCGAUGUUGAAGGGGAAUAUGUACCAUUACCUAAGGAUAGCGUAAAAUACCGUUUGUGCCCCAUUCCGCCAAAAUACGAAAAGUUUCAAGCAGUACAUGUGCGUAUUAUUAAUUUAAAACCGGAAUUGCAUCAAAAGUGGGAGUCUUAAGAUGCCAAACAUAACAAAUUCAUUUUCUCAUAAGAAUAUGUAAAGUUCUUCUUUUUUUAGGGAUAAUUUUUAACUUUCAUUUAAAACAUACAAUAAGUAAUAUUUAAAAUCUUAGUUAACAUUUACAAUUAGCACAACAUUUACUUCAUUUGUAAUCUAUUUUCGGUUCCUGUAUUACAUUUUUAAUAUAAGUGUUUUAAAUAUAUUACAUUUAAGCAUUUAAUUAGUACUGGUAAUGGUAAUAAUCUGCAUUUAUAUUAUGUAUUGUGCUAAUUACAAUGUAAAAUAUAUAAUUUCAAGUG